ACCUUCACCAUCAUCAUUAUCAUCAGCUAGAGCGUCCGUAUCUCUCUUAUGGCACUUUCAUAAGCCUUUUGGUUUUCAGCAUCCGUUUGGACAAGACCAAAAUGCCCUCAUCUCUCCUUUGAUUCAUUUCAUCAAUAAGCAACAGAUUUACUGACAUAACUCUCAGAUCCUGGAUUAGGCCAAUGAAUCAAUGGUAUAUUGCAAAUUUAACGAUGCUUCAUUUUUCACUUUCCUUUUUUCAGAGGUAAUUUGCCUCCUGCCUAAUGAGCCGUUCAGUCAUGUUGUAAUGGCUCUAAGCGUCUACAGAGGAAAUGAUUUUGUCACUAUACAGUGCGACGACAAAGAGGAGUAUGUUAUAUGGCAAUGCAACGGAACGUCUGGGAAUUGGAUACAACUGGCAAACCUUGAUUGCAGACCAGAACCAGAAGUACGUGGACUGUCGACUGGAGUUAUCAUUGGUAUUGUGAUCGGAAUAGUGGUUGUCAUUGGAAUGAUUUUUUGUUUUCUCUACAAGAUGGCUUACAUGAAACCACGGGGGCAUCAGGGAAUAUUAAACCAAGGUGGCGACUUUGUUCCACAAGAAUCCCGGGACACAAGCGGCAGCACGGAAUUGACUGCCCGACCCAUUAGGACCGACACAUUGCCACCACCCCCAACUUUCACGCCAAAUCAUGGCAUAGUGCCGCGCGAACCGCCGCGCUUCAUCCAAAUCUCGGGGUUUCAGGUAAGAGAAAACCCAGGUGGCGACUUUGUUCAACCAGAAAUCGGGGACGCCCCGUACUGUCGACAAAUAAUACGUACCGAAAGCGAAACUUAAUGCUCCUUUAUGCAUACUCACUGCAUAUGUUUUAUGACCAAUCACUGAUGUGUUGAAUAACACAGGUUUUUUCUUUUUCAAACAAUCAGGAAUUGUUUUCACUCCAAUCCCAAAUAACCAGGAGAGGGUGGU